UCCACAUUUGAACUGGCUGUCAACCCUGGUCAGGAGAAGUUCAACGCAGUCAGCAAUACUUCAUACGUUGGGGAACUUUGUAUUGAUGAUCCCAAACAGUCACUGGGAAAGAAAGAAUUUCCCCCACCUCCUGCCAUGGAAAGUAAGAAGUUUGAGAUAGCAUCCAAACCCCAGCCUUAUGACUCACUGUUGCUAGCGUCUUACCACCCAGAUUUCCAGACCCUUGAAUCCAAACAAAUUUCCUUCCACUCUGAAAGCUCCAGCACUGAACCAGUGGCUGAGAUGGAGGUGACUACCCCAGCGGGGGUGCCACAUAAGGCACCACUCCCCCGGCAGAACUCCUCAGCAAAAUACUCCGAGUGUAUUGAUUUGCUGGAGAUUCACAAUGGGGAAGACUUUCAAAUAGGUGUAGAACAAGAUAGCCCAAACUUAACAGAUAGACAAUGUGUCCACCCUUCAACAAACAGUUUGUCUGGCUGGGCUGGUAGCUCCCAUAACAGCAAGUCUGUCAGUGCCAACUUGUCCAGCAAUGAUGUACCUGCCAACCUCAAGUCUAUUGGUGUCAGUGCUGUUGGGGUGACAGCUGCUGUAGCAGACAGUUGUGUGACAGCUGCUGUAGCAGACAGCUGUGUGACAUCCAGUGUAGCCGCCAGCACACACAAGGGUUCCCACAGUGACGACAUCUCAGCCGUGUAUGAUUCUGUUGAUUCAGACCCUGAAGGUACCGUGUGGUCAGAGAGGUUGGUCAAGCCGUCCUUACCUUGCUACAACUCAGCCAGUUUAUACAACCUUCACAGUGACUUCAGGAGCUCUAACAUAGCCAGGUUCAGUUCACAAGACAGAGUGGCCAACUUACCGUUACAGUCUGUUGACCACAUGGGAUGUCCACUCCCAUGGACCCCAGCUUAUGAGGAGCAGUAUCAGCUUCCAUCCAUACAGCGUCAACUCUCAUCAGGAUCUUCUGCCAAGUCUCACCACUCCAACCCUCACAAUGCAGCGUCAUCCUCUGUAGAAGAGUUCAGAUCCCACUUCCUGAACUAUAAGGAACUUGCUGUGUCCUCUACCUUGAUGAGGCCGUCCAGACACAGCUCCCAGGGCUCCCUCCAGAGUGGCAGCUCACAAGACAGUGGCUCCUACAGAAACUACCAGCAAAGGUCCCUUGGUUCAUCGCGCCACAACUCCAAAUCUUCACAAGACAGUGUGGAGCUGGUGGAAAAGUCCUACCCCAGUAGCCUGGUUAUAUCAGAACACAGCAGCAAGAAAACAUUUUUACAAAACUCAGGUCAUCUGCGAAUAUCGGCCUACUGGAACGUUGGCUUGCUGACUGUUCAUGUUAUCCAAGCCCGAUGUUUGUCGUCCUCAUGGAAAUCUCACUGCGACUCGUAUGUCAAGAUGUCUCUGGUACCGGAUGAGAGCCGCCGUACAAGAUGUAAAACUUUGGUGCGGCUCAGCAGCAACAACCCGGUCUUUGAUGAGAAGUUUUCUAUGGAAAUUCUAGAAGAGGACCGUAAAAAACGUCUGCUCAUCUCCGUCUGGCACAAGGACCAGAACAAUGGAGCCUCUGAGUUCUUAGGCUGUAUGUCUUUUGGUGUCCAGAGUCUUCUCAAGAAGGAUCUGGAUGGCUGGUACUACCUGUUGACAGAGGAAGUGGGCAGGAAAAAACACCUACAAGCCCAUACAAACACCAAACCUGUACUCACUGCUAGAAGUCAUCAAAAUAUCCCACAAUUGAACAAAGUAGUUGAUGGUCUUGAAAGAAUUAUGAUUUCAGUCCAACGUGGCAAAAAUGGAUUUGGAUUUUCUUUUGUUGGUGAAUUCCCCCCUAGAGUUGGGCGUGUUGAUAGAGCAUCCCCAGCAGAGCAGGCAGGCAUCAAGAAAGGCGACAUGGUGGUCAAAAUCAAUGGUCAAAAUGUUUCACGCUCAACAUGUGAAGGUGUUGCCCACUUGGUCAAGAAAAUGAACUCAAACUCUCUAACACUGGAACUACAGAGAGACCAUGUGGUCAGCAGCACUAUAGAGGUCACUGCUGUGAAGGGCAGGCACCCACACAACCCCUCACCCUACAACAAGAGGGGGGUGGGAACCUCCACCGACCACUUGUAUGAGAGCAUCACAGACUCGGAGCAGCUGAAAGAGAACUGGGUUGAUGGGGUCAGCCAGGAGUUUGAUGAUGAGACAGUCUACUCACAGCAUCACAACCCCAACAUGCCUGGCAUCACAAGCACGCCACGCGCUUACCUGGGCCAGAAGAGCACCAUGGCCCAGUCCUCUCGUCCAGUCAACAAACAUGAAUCCAUCCACCGCCUGAUGUCCUUAGAGCUGGACUACAUUGACUUCAUGCAUUAUGGCAUUGAGAGAUUCUCCAGACCUCUAAGACAUUGUAUAGUCUCUGCUCAUCAACACAUGACCAUCUUUCAAAAUGUUGAGAAGCUUGUGACGAUAUCAGAGUACCACAUCAAACAAAUGCAGGAGAACAACUCAUCAGUGGACUCUGACACUGAAGACUCUCAGUCUGGUGAAAGUGGCAUCUUCCCCAACUCCGUGGCUCUUAUUUACCAAUCUAAGAUCCACAUGUUGUGUCAAGCCUAUGAGACCUAUGCUAAUGGACUCAUCAGAUCUAACGACCUGUUGCGGGAGCUCAGGAAAAACAAAGAUUUUAUGAGCUUUGUUAAGGAGUCAUCCAUUGAUGAAGGCCAAGGUCAUCCAUCUAUCAGUGCUUUUAUCAAUAGGCCAGUACAGCACAUCCAAGAGCUGUAUGGAGUUUUGAGUGAAAUCUUCCAAGCCACACCCCUACACAGCACAGACUUUGCCAUGCUGCAGCAGAUAGUGAUCAAACUGUCCCAGUGUGUGACCGCCAUCACAGGGCUGAGUUCAGCUGGUCGGGUCCAGAGCUUUGACUCUCUCACAUCAUCCCAGGGCCGUAGCCAGGCCAACAGCAGUGAUAAAGGAAGUUUAGCAUCACUGACAUCAUGUUCAUCCGUUGAAGCAGAAGUGAAUCCACCUUUGUUGCCCAGUAGUGCUGCUUCUGUCAGGUCUAUAAACAGGGAUGUUAUGCGUAUUCAAGAGAGACUUGUGUUUGCUCCUAACGUGCCGACCUUUGAGUUGUGCCAAGAAACAAGACAUCUGAUUUACCAAGGCAAGAUCUACAGGUGUAACAAAGAUUCCUGGUUCAAAUCCCAGCUUCUCCUCUUCACUGACCUGCUGCUGAUUGUGGAUGAAGAUGCAGAUGGCUCUCUAAUUGUGUCCAGGAGCCCUAUUUACGUCCAAGAUAUCAUUGGAAUGGAAGUUGACAGAAAUUAUGCAUCAGAAUUCGUCCUUCACCUUGAAGCAUCAGCACCAGCCACACUAUCCAAAAGAAAACCAACGUCUGCCUCCUCAAGAAUCAAAACCAUAACUCUGAGAGCACCAUCUGCCCAGGAGAAGUUUGUCUGGCAAUCUUUGUUGGAGCAGAGAGUGGAAGCUCUGAAUGGAUGCCCCCUACAAUACUUUGGUACCAUCAAGAAGACCAGCAUGGUUUUGUGAAGAACUUAUCAUAGCAUAGUAACACCACCUACCAUUUAUCUUGGUACCAGUUAUUUUAUCAAGAAGUUGUCUGGUAAAUUAACAAGUAACUUAUCCAACUGAUCAAUGCCUUCAAAUAUCCAGACUAGUUUUGCUGACAAGGAACAUGUACUAUCAAUAAUGAAAGCUAUUGUGUAUUUUAAAUUGGUAAAAAUGAAUCAGAUGUGAAAUGUAAAAAUUAGAAAAUCAACAUAGACAAAAUUGUAGCCAACAAACAUGAAGAUUAUGCCCCUUUAUAUAUAAAGUGAAAAGCAAUGUGCUUUACAUUUAUCAAAUGAUAUAUGUUUGAAAAAUAUUUAUUUGAACAAGACCUCUUCUAAAGAUUUACUUUCAUGGUAUUAUGUAUUUAAAAUCUGUUUGAUUAAAAUUUGUAAAUAUUUUUAUUUAUUAAUCAUACUCAAUUUUGUACAAAGCAUGUACUUCAUUUCUGUGGAAAUGUUUUUAAAUAAUGUUUAUAUAUGUGUAAUGUGCAAAAUGGUCACAUCAAUCUUCUUAUAUCAUUAUUUAUACAUAAUUUGAUAUCUUUUUCACAUAUUGUAAUUUCUAGUGUAUCCACUAGAAUACAUGUUCAUUAUUAUAUGCAGGAUCAUAUUGAUUUUAAUUUGCCAAUCAUUUAUUUAUCAUUACAAUCAGUUUGUAAAGUAAAUAGCAUUUACUUUGUAUUUAGUAGUAAAUAUAUUUCAUAUGUAAGGAACUAUUUGAUUAAUUAUUUUAUGCAUAUAACAAUUUGAAUUUUCUUGGUUGUCCCCCUUUGCCUUCAUCUUGUUUCUCUCCCCUAUUACCACUUGCCUGUGUCCUCCACCUUUCUCUCAUCUAACUUUAUUUUACAUUACACUGUCUUGUCUGUCCACUGAUAUCAAUUAUUUUAAACAUUUUAAUUUAUGAGUUAUUUCUAAGAAUUAUUGUAUAAAAUGUUUUCC